AUGGGAAGCUUAGACGUGAACUUUACAGAUUCUUCCUUGUCCCAAACCGACGUCUUCAAACCCUUAGACCCCGAAGACUUCCGCAAACAAGCUCACCAAAUGGUCGACUUCAUUGCCGACUACUACGCCAAGAUCGAAUCCUACCCUGUCCUCACCCAAGUCCAGCCCAACUACCUCCGCUCCCGCCUCCCCUCCACCGCCCCCUACCUCCCCGAACCCCUGCAAACCAUCUUCCACGACAUCUCCGCCCACGUGAUCCCAGGCAUCACUCACUGGCUCAGCCCUAACUUCUUCGCAUUCUUCCCCGCCACCGUCAGCACCGCCGCCUUCUUAGGCGAAAUGCUGUGCACUUGCUUCAACGCCGUGGGGGGUGUCAUUCAAAACACCACCAGCGAAGCCAUCUUUGUAACUCUCGUUGCAGCCCGAGACCGGAAGCUUGAGGCUUUGGGAACAAACGACGUGAAAAAGCUCGUCGUUUAUUCUUCUGAUCAGACCCAUUCCACGUUCACCAAGGCCUCCAGGCUCGCCGGGAUAUGUCCUUCCAAUGUAAGGUCUAUCCCCACCAGCCGGGACUCCGAUUUCGCUUUGUCUCCCGAGUUACUUCGUGCGGUGGUGGAGGCGGACGUGGAAUCCGGGCUGGUCCCGCUUUACCUUUGUUUAACCGUGGGGACAACUUCAACCACGGCCGUCGAUCCCCUCGAGCUGCUUGCCCACGUGGUAAACGAUUACAACAUGUGGGUCCAUGUGGACGCCGCUUACGGUGGAAGUGCUUGUAUUUGUCCCGAGUUUAGGCAUUACUUGAACGGGGUGGAGCGAGUCGACUCACUGAGUCUGAGCCCGCACAAGUGGCUGCUCAGUUACUUGGACUGCUGCUGCCUCUGGGUCAAGCGGUCGGAUUUGUUGGUCAACGCGUUGAGCACCAACCCGGAGUAUUUGAGAAACCAACCCAGUGAGUCUGACUCAGUGGUGGACUACAAGGACUGGCAACUGGGCACUGGACGUAGGUUCAAGUCACUUAGAUUAUGGCUCGUGCUGCGUAGCUAUGGCGUUGCUAAUAUCCAGAGCCACAUCCGGUCCGAUGUUCGGAUGGCUCGAAUGUUCGAAGGGUUCGUAAUAUCCGACCUAAGGUUCGAGGUUGUGGUGCCCAGAAAGUUUGCGUUGGUUUGUUUUCGGCUCAAGUCAUUUUCUAGGGCCGAGCCGAGUUAUGUUGACUCGCUGAACCGGAAGCUACUCGAGUGGGUGAACUCAACGGGUCGUGCUUAUAUGAGCCACACUGUAGUCGGUGGGGUAUACAUGUUAAGAUUUGCAGUGGGGGCCACGCUUACGGAAGAGAGGCACGUUAUUGCCGCGUGGCAGUUGAUCAAGGAUGGAGCCGAUACAGUGCUCAAGGUCAAGGGUGUAUGA